CUUCUAUGGUACAAACAAAUAACAAUAGGAACUAGUAGCUUCUGAUUCAUUCAAGAAAAAAAAUGAGGAGAACAAUGUGCUUUUUAGACAUUAGCAUAGGGGAAGAACUAGAAGGAAGAAUAUUGGUGGAGCUUUACAAUGAUGUUGUUCCAAAAACUGCUGAGAAUUUUAGAGCUCUAUGCACUGGUGAGAAAGGUAUUGGUCCUAAUACUGGGGUGUCCCUCCAUUUUAAGGGGUCUUGCUUUCAUCGUAUUGUUAAAGGUUGUAUGAUCGAAGCAGGCGAUAUAUCUGCUGGAGACGGUACCGGAGGAGAAUCUAUAUAUGGACUCAAGUUUGAAGACGAAAAUUUUGAAUUGAAGCAUGAAAGGAAAGGGAUGUUAUCAAUGGCAAACACCGGCCCCAAUACAAAUGGUUCGCAGUUUUUCAUCUCUACUACCCGAACAGCUCAUCUAGAUGGUAAGAAUGUUGUAUUUGGGAAAGUAGUCAAAGGAAUGGGCAUAGUCCGUUCAAUUGAGCAUGUUACGACCGGAGAUGAGGACCGUCCUGUUCUUGAUGUUAAAAUCGUGGAUUGUGGAGAAAUUCCCGAAGGAGAAGAUGAUGGUAUAACUAACUUUUUCAAAGACGGCGAUACUUAUCCCGAUUGGCCAGUAGACCUUGCUGAGAGCCCUAGUGAACUUGAAUGGUGGUUGAAAUCGGUUGAUUCAAUCAAAUCUCUUGGUAAUGAGUAUUACAAGAAACAAGACUACAAAAUGGCUAUAAGGAAGUAUCGAAAGGCUUUACGUUACUUGGAUAUUUGUUGGGAGAAGGAAGGGAUUGAUGAAGAUAAAAGUUCAGGCUUGAGAAAAACGAAAUCACAGAUAUUUACAAACAGCUCUGCUUGUAAAUUAAAAUUAGGGGAUAUUAAUGGAGCAUUGUUGGACACAGAAUUCGCAAUGCGUGAAGGUAUUAACAAUGCCAAAGCUUUGUUCCGCCAAGGACAGGCAUACAUGGUACUCAAUGACAUUGAUGCUGCAGUUGAAAGCUUUAAAAAAGCACUGACAUUGGAGCCAAAUGAUGGUGGAAUAAAAAAGGAACUCGGUGCUGCUAGAAAGAAGAUAUCGAAUAGAACUGAUCUAGAGAAAAAAGCAUAUAGUAAGAUGUUCCAAUAACACAAAGAAAGGUUAGUCUCAGCACACGAAUUACCAUGAAACAAUGUAAUGUAACAACAUUUGCACGAGACAAUACAGUUUUAUUGUUCUUUGGUGACGUGGCAGUUAUUGUUCAGAGUGAGAAAAAAGUUUCACAUUGGUCGGAAGAGUUGAGUUGAGCUUAAGGUUUUGGGUGAAGACGUGGUGUUAGAGUCACUUGUAAGGUUGUUCAAUGUCCAAAGUGUCGAUCCAAUUCAGUGAGAUUCUCCUCUCACGGCCCAACAACUAUAAUAUACAAGACACCUCGUCAAUUCACUUUUCAACACAUGUUUGCACUCUGAAACAAAAAAAAAAAAAAGACGGCGAUAGUUAGGCUCUAUUUGGUAAAGCCAAAUAUUGAGUUUAUAGCUUAUAAGUCAUAAACUCUGUUUGAUAAUAGUUUUUAAAAAAGAGCUUAUAGCUUAUUUUACUAGCUUAUAGCUUAUUUUUCAAACGUUAUUUCAAGUACUUUAUGAGAUUAUAGCUUAUCUUAUCAUUUUUUCUUCCAA